AUGGCGAAUGUUAACAUGGUGAUCUGGGUGAAGGAUAUACUGGGGUACACUGUGCAAUUCUUGAAACUUUUUUUUCCUGUGGAGAAUAAAGUAUGCUUCCAGUGGUCCUAUGACCUGUUCUGUGGGCUGGACCUGGAGAAGUGUCCCAAGAUUACCAAGGAAGAGGAGGCAGCAAUGCAGCCGAAGCUGACGGACACCUCUGAGAAGCCUUUGUGCUUAUAUAAGAAAGGGGCCACCCUGGGAAGGAGAAGCCCCACUUGCAGCCAUGGCCAGCACAUUAAGCCCAGAACCACGGCCAGGGCCACGGAGCAGCCUGUGUUGUCAGAAUGAAUCCGAAACGCUGCUGACAUCUCUGUCAUCGUCAUUUACUUCAUAUUGAUGAUAGUAGUUGGGGUGUGGGUCAUGCUGAAGACCAACUGGAGCACUGUUGGAGGGUUCUUCCUGGCUGGUCGAGAUGUGAGCUGGUGGCCGAUGGGUACCUCCCUUUUUGCCAGUAACAUCGGCAGUAGCCACUUUGUGUCGCUGGCUGGAACGGGAGCAGCUUCAGGCAUUGCCAUUGCAUCAUCUGAAUGGAAUGCCUUGCUGCUGUUGCUGGCUGUAGGGUGGUUCUUUGUCCCCAUACACAUCAAGGCGGGGGUGAUGACCAUGCCAGAAUAUCUGAAGAAGCACUCUGGUGGGAAUCGACUCCAGGUCUACCUCUCCAUUCCGUCCCUCAUAAUCUAUGUGAUUUUGAGAAUCUUAGCAGACAUGUUUUCUGGAGCCAUAUUCAUCAAGCUGGCUAUCACUGCUGUUUACACAAUCACUGGACACCAUUCAGUUCCCACUAUGGGAGUCAAGUACAGGUCCAGGAACACAACUAGAGCCAAGAAAAUAGAAUCCUCAGUAUUAGAUGUGAGCAUCUUGGUCAAAGAUAUUGAGGUCUCUGUGCAACGCUGCCUCUCGGGCAAGAACAUGUCUCAAGUGAAGGCCGCCUGUAUCAUGUGUGGGUACCUGAAGUUGCUGCCCAUGUUCCUCACAGUGAUGCCAGGAAUGAUCAGCUGCAUCCUGUACGCAGACCCACAGACCACACCCUGUGCCACCCUCAGCCCUUCCCCGCUGAGUGCUGCACCCCCUAGUGGCACUGGCACAGACCUCCGCAUCCUCAUGAUGAGCCCCGUGCCAUCCCCUCACCCCAUCCUGCUGAGACUGCGAGGCAUGAUGCUGUCAGUCAUGUUGGCCUCCCUCGUGAGCUCCAUGACCUCCAUCUUCAACAGUGCAAGCACCGUCUUCGCCAUGGAUCUCUACACCAGGAUUCAGAAGAAGGCAUCGGAGAAAGAGCUCCUUAUAGCUGGACGGUUAUUCAUCAUUCUAUUACUUGUCACCAGCAUUCUGUGGGUCCCAUUGUUACAGGUAUCUCAAAAUGGACAACUAUUCCAUUAUACAGCAUCAAUUUCCAGCUACCUUGGGCCUCCAUUGGCAGCUGUCUUUCUACUUGCGGUCUUCUGUAAGAGAGUCAAUGAACAGGGAGCCUUCUGGGGUCUAAUCAUUGGACUUGUGAUUGGCCUUAUCCCUAUGAUUGCAGAACUUGUCUAUGGAACAGGGAGUUGCUUGGCUCCCAGUGACUGUCCUAAGAUUAUCUGUGGAGUGCACUAUCUGUAUUUUGCAAAGGCUUAUGAUAUAUUCUGCAAUUUGGAGAAGAAAGGUCCCAGGCUGACCGAAGAGGAGGAAGAAGCCCUGAAGAAGAAGCUUACAGACACAUCUGAGAAACCCUUAUGGAGGACUAUCAUGAACAUCAACGCCAUCCUCCUCCUGGCAGUGGGGGUUUUCGUCCAUGGCUACUUUGCCUGA